CUUCAGCGCAUGCGCGCUGCCAAAAUAAAGCUAGCGUAUAGGUGAAAAGGCGGCGGGAAGAGGCAAAGACGCAUAAUACGGUUAGCAACGGCUUUUAUUUCUAGGAGGACUGGAACAGCUGAGGGAAGGAACCGUGUUCGAGCUACGGAGGAAGAGGAUUCGGAUUUGGAUUUUGACCCACGCUCACUAUGCCACGAGAGAUCAUCACUCUGCAGCUGGGGCAGUGUGGUAACCAAAUUGGGUUUGAAUUUUGGAAACAGCUCUGUGCCGAACAUGGUAUUAGCCCUGAGGGUAUCGUAGAGGAGUUUGCCACUGAAGGCACUGACCGUAAGGAUGUCUUUUUCUAUCAGGCAGAUGAUGAGCACUAUAUCCCACGAGCUGUUCUUUUGGACCUGGAGCCACGAGUGAUCCAUUCCAUUCUGAAUUCCCCAUAUGCCAACCUUUAUAACCCUGAGAACAUAUACCUAUCUGAGCAUGGUGGUGGGGCUGGAAAUAAUUGGGCUAGCGGCUUUUCACAGGGAGAAAAGAUCCAUGAAGAUAUUUUUGAUAUUAUAGACAGAGAAGCUGAUGGCAGUGACAGUUUAGAGGGUUUUGUGCUGUGUCAUUCCAUCGCUGGUGGGACUGGCUCUGGUUUGGGCUCUUACCUUCUGGAGAGGUUAAAUGACAGGUACCCCAAGAAGCUGGUGCAGACAUACUCUGUCUUCCCCAACCAGGAUGAGAUGAGUGAUGUAGUGGUGCAGCCAUAUAACUCUCUCUUGACACUCAAACGGCUGACACAAAAUGCUGAUUGUGUGGUGGUUCUAGACAAUACAGCUCUGAAUCGUAUUGCUACUGACAGGUUGCACAUCCAAAAUCCCACCUUUUCCCAGAUCAAUCAGCUGGUCUCUACUAUAAUGUCUGCCAGUACCACCACAUUGCGCUAUCCUGGUUAUAUGAACAAUGAUUUGAUUGGGCUGAUUGCCUCCCUUAUUCCCACUCCUAGGUUGCACUUCCUCAUUACAGGAUAUACACCUCUUACCACUGACCAGGCUGUGGCCAGCGUGAGGAAAACCACUGUCCUUGAUGUCAUGCGUCGCCUGUUGCAGCCUAAAAAUGUGAUGGUAUCCAUGGGGCGUGACAGGCAGACAAACCAUUGCUACAUUGCCAUCCUUAACAUCAUCCAGGGGGAAGUGGAUCCAACCCAGGUUCAUAAGAGUUUACAGCGGAUCCGAGAGAGGAAACUGGCCAACUUCAUUCCUUGGGGCCCUGCCAGCAUCCAAGUGGCACUUUCUAGGAAAUCUCCAUACUUACCAUCAGCACACAGGGUCAGUGGUCUCAUGAUGGCUAAUCACACCAACAUUUCCUCGCUCUUUGAGCGUACCUGCCAUCAGUAUGAUAAACUGCGCAAACGUGAAGCCUUCCUGGAACAGUUCCGAAAAGAAGACAUGUUCAAAGAGAACUUCGAUGAACUUGAUGACUCCCGAAAGAUUGUCCAGGAGCUGAUCGAUGAAUACCAUGCUGCCACUCGGCCUGACUAUAUCUCUUGGGGCACUCAGGAGCAAUGAAUGAGUUUGUAGUGUGCUUUUUUCCUGUCUGGAGUAUUUUCUUCUUGAAACAGUGGAUUCUGUUAAAUCCAUCAGUCCUCCUCUUUCUGUGACCUGUGUCUGGAAAUAAGGGAAGUAGUUGCAGAUCUCUCUCCAAGAGAAGAGAUUCUCUCUAUACUGUCUGGUUCUGAUGUUGGGAAUUCCUUAUUACUUGGUGAGCUCCUAUUAUUAAGCCCAGCUGCCUCCUGUCUCCUAAUAUUUGGAUAGAUUAAUAUCAAGCAGUAUACUGAUAUCUUUUGUUUCUUUUUAAUGUUCUUAAGUUGGUUUUUUCUGUCCUAAGCUAUGUUCAUUUGCACUUGUAUUUAUUUAAACAUAUUUCUGCUGAGGAAGUAUCAGAGUGGAUAAUGAAGAGAAAUAUCUACAGGCAUUUUAAAAUAACCCAAACCUGUAUUUCUGCAUAAGAUUCUGGCAAUUUUGUAUUGCUCAGCAUUUAAUCUGCAGCUCUAUUAACAUAUAAUGGGUGAAGACAGAUUAAAACAGGAAGGGUAAACAAGGCAAUGAAGGCCUGACUAUCUGUGUGGUGAUCUAUGCAUUUUUUUCAGCUCACUAAAGGAAAUGGAUGGUGUGGGUGGAGUACAGACUGAAAUGCCAGGAUUAGGGAAGCCAGCAAUGAAGAAGUUUUAAAGUUCUUGAGCAAAUACUGCUCCUUUUUGUCACUGAUGGAACAUUUUUAAUACUUGUUUUACUCUCUUUCUAGAGUCCUACUUAAUUUCUUCCCCACCAUCUUUUCUCCUCCUAGAAAAUGGCUAGUAAAUGCCCUCAUUUCAUGCUUCCAAACAUCCUGUCCUAAAAAGGAAAAAGAGU